AUGCCGAAAGGUCCAAAGUCCGUCGGCCAGCUCUGCGCCGAGCUGGGCAUGGACGCCUUCGCCGAAACGAGAUUCCGCAAAGAGAGCCAGGCUUACCUCAAAGACCACGUCGCGGAUGUCCCAAACGCCUCCGACGAAGUUAUCGAACGACUCGCCGUCAAGUAUCUCGACGACGGUGCCGGCAACAAGCACUUCUCCUGGGACGCCGCUUUGAACUACCAAUGGGAGGCUAGCGGACACCGCUUGACCAUCGUUAAUUAUGUCGGCGACAUUAUGAAGCAACAACGCUGGUACAUUAUUGAUCGUCUCCACAAGCGAGUCCAUGGCGCUGUUCAUUGCCCUGGCUGCCUGCUGCACAAACCCAACUUGAGCUCAAGUGUACAUGGCGCGACGGACAACGGAUUCGAUGGCCAGGUUGACGACGCUACGGUGUUCUCAGAGGGAUCCGAUGCCGGCAGUAAUCACGAAGAUACCAAUAUGGACAAUGGCAUUCAUGGCGGCAAUGACAGAAAGCGCACCCGUGCCAGUCUCGGCCACGAAUCGGUCUCUGGAAACAAGCGUCGUAAGUCAGGGACGAGCGAGGGCAGUGGCGGCGCAGUUGAGGUCGGGAAGCAUGAAACGCAACCGCUUUCGACAAUAGACAGCCGCUUCCCACCUCCGCGAGCUUCGGGCUUUACACCAGUCAAUCCGAGUGUCGCCGUUAGACCGCAAACUGCUUCCAAGCCGGAGGCGCCAGCCCCAGCUGAGACCUUGGGCCAAACAUUCAGCCUCAAAGACUUCAGUCUCACCAUGCGCUACCGCGGCAAGAUGUGGCACUUCAACAGCAUUGCGCACAAGGCUAAAGUCCUCGAACAAAUCCUCUUGCAAGAAGAGAAAGACGUCGAAGCUUAUCCCGUCCUGGCCUUCUCCAAGGGUGUGAAGACAGCCUCGUUAGGUGGUAGGGAAGACUCAGAUAGAGACGAAAGUGCUUUGAGGGAUUACUUUCGCUUCUAUACUCACUUCAUGAACGAGCGCUUCCCGAGCAGUGAAAAGAUCUUGUUGGAGAACGGGGUCAAGCCGUCGGCGUAG